GCUCUCAGUCUGGGGCGAGUGCUCGAGUGAGCCGGGACGGAUGCUCAGGCGGCAGUCCCGGCGGCGGCGGCGGCGGCGGCAGUAGAGGUGGCAGGAGAAGAGAGGAAGGGGCAGGGCCCGAGGGCUACACACGCUCACACUUUCAAGUUCCCUAGGAGGGAGGGGAGCUGGGGCUGCAGAAUCAGGAGGCCAGGAGCAGUCCAGUCCGACCCGUCCCAUCACCCCUUCUUCCUCCUGCUCCUUGCCCCCUGGCUCUGAGAGUUGAGGGUUAGGGUCGCGGGACGCGGCAGUGAGGAUAAGAGGGCCAGGAGAGUGGGGAGCCGGAGCCAGGGGUGCGAGGGAAGAUGCCCAUCCUGCUGUUCCUCAUAGACACGUCCGCUUCUAUGAACCAGCGCACUGACCUGGGCACCUCCUAUCUGGACAUUGCCAAAGGCGCUGUGGAGUUAUUUUUGAAGCUGCGCGCCCGGGACCCGGCCAGCCGCGGAGACAGGUAUAUGCUGGUAACCUAUGACGAACCUCCGUACUGCAUCAAGGCUGGUUGGAAAGAAAAUCACGCAACAUUCAUGAGUGAACUAAAAAAUCUUCAGGCUUCUGGACUGACUACUCUUGGUCAGGCUCUAAGAUCCUCAUUUGAUUUGUUAAAUCUCAAUAGAUUAAUAUCUGGAAUAGACAAUUAUGGACAGGGGAGAAACCCAUUUUUUUUAGAACCAUCUAUUUUAAUUACCAUCACAGAUGGAAACAAGUUAACAAGCACAGCUGGUGUUCAAGAAGAGCUUCAUCUUCCUUUGAAUUCUCCUCUGCCUGGAAGUGAGCUAACCAAAGAACCUUUUCGUUGGGAUCAAAGGUUAUUUGCCCUGGUGUUGCGUUUGCCUGGAGUGGCUUCUGUUGAAUCAGAGCAACUAGGGAGUGUACCAACUGAUGAAUCUGCCAUCACCCAGAUGUGUGAAGUCACAGGAGGUCGCUCCUACUGUGUUAGAACGCAAAGAAUGCUGAAUCAAUGUUUAGAAUCUCUAGUUCAAAAAGUUCAGAGUGGUGUUGUUAUUAACUUUGAAAAAGCGGGACCAGAUCCACUUCCUAUUGGAGAAGAUGGACUUAUGGAUUCAUCUAGGUCAAGCAAUUCAUUUGCUGCUCAACCAUGGCAUAGUUGUCAUAAGCUUAUUUACGUACGUCCUAAUUCUAAAACUGGGGUUCCUGUUGGACAUUGGCCAAUUCCAGAAUCUUUCUGGCCAGAUCAGAAUUUACCUUCACUAGUAAGUGUCAUAGAAUAAAUGGUAAACAUCAUUUUGGAUUUUCAAUUUGCUGAUUACAGUGAGCCUUGUAAAAUAGAUUUGAAGAUUUUAAUCCAUGCUGCAGGCAAGUAAGUCUUCCCUUUUUGCCUUCUGUCUUUUACGGAAAGUCUAGCUCAUUUCUAUAAGCAAGGGAGGACUUCCUUUCUAUUUUACUUUUCAUUCUUAACUUUUCAUUCUUUCUUUCAGUUGCCCUUGCCACUUAAACAUCCCUAUUUGCAUGUUAAACCAUUGUUAUUUUUUAUGCUGUUGUAAUCUGUGACUUGGUUUUCAGAGCAGCUAAUUUGAUUAUAUGGUAAACACAAUGUCUAAAAAGUACUGGCAUUGGCUUUUAAGUAUAGCCUCUAGAAGUUAGAACCCAGUUUUCCAUCUUGUAUAGGUUCUAGGAACAUAUUCAAAGCAGAGGUCAUUCUCCUUCUUCCUAGAUACCUAAAGGAACUUCGUAAGCCCCUAUUUUUCAUCUUUUUGUAAUCAAUGGACCAUUAUACGUAGCAAUGUACCUUUCAAUAAUGGGUAAUUAAUCAAUAUUGUAAAAAUGAUCUCUAAGCAGGGACUUGUCUUCUUGUUCACUGCAGUUGGUAGAAGAGUAUUUGAUAUUAUAUUGCUUCUACUAUCCCCAUGAAGUGCCUUUUUUGGGCAGGGGGUGGUAUCUAGUGAUAAGGGAAACUGUAUAAAACACUCUCUCUUUCAUCUCCUUCCCUCCCCCAA